AUGGCGAGCACCAACUACGCAGAUGCCUAUGGCUACAGCAGUAUAGCUGCAGCUAUCGUUUUCACCAUCGCCUAUGUCCCCUUAUGUGGAUUUUUCAUUCUCCAAUCCUUCAAAAAUCCCACCUACGUGCACAUAGUGUUAUCUGUCUUCUGUGCAAUCCGUUUCGUUGCAUUCGUGAUACGCGCCGCUUUGAUAGGGUCGGAUUCAGCGGGUGAAAACCUUAGCCUCCUCAUUGCCGAUGAGGUCUUGUUCGGGAUAGGGUUCUUUGGGUUGUUGUAUGCUGCCUACACCUUGGUGCUAGACAGGGAGCUGCUCUCCGACCUCCCUCCCUCCACAAGCAUUCUAUCACGCAUAACGGGUAAUCGCAGAAUCUUCCGACUUUCCCUCACAGCUGGCGUCGCGCUGGGAAUAGCGGGUAUCACUACGGAGUCGAAUGAUCCCACAAGCUCUACCGGCAUUGCUCUCCGCAAAGCUAGUAUUAUCAUCUUCUUGGUACUUACCAUUCUCCAAGCGUUCCAGACGGUAGUACUCGUCAGGAGGGAGACAGAUGAUGGUUACCAUAGGGAACAUGCCAAGGCCUUUGGAGAGAAACAUGGGUCGUUCAUCCUUUGUGCCAUCUCGAUUCUACUCAUCGUGCGCGAGGCUUUCUUGACGGCUACGAUCAAUAAUACCAAGGCGGCGAGCAAUGAGCAUUUCUGGUACCCCUUGGUUGCACUGCCUGAGAUCCUUGCAGUUAUGCUAUAUUGCGCACCAGGUCUUGUUCCACGGCGGUCUGAAUUACCUAAGUAA